AUGGGCGCCAACUUACUGAUUGCAGGUGGGUCGUUUUACUAUGUUGCCGCAGGUGCUGGCCUGCUGAUCAGUGGGAUUCUGGUCUUUCGCGGCGAUCAGCAGGGCGCGCUGCUUUACAGUGGAUUUUUUAUCCUCACUGUCGCCUGGUCGCUUUACGAGGUACAGCUUGAUCCGUGGGCGCUGAUGCCAAGAACCGCGCAGAUCAGCGCCGCCUUGAUCGCCGUUUUUGUGAUUGCCUUAUUUGUGGCCAAUCAAGGCCACGACGUCGGGUCCGCGCAGGGUUUGGCCUCUGGCACGGCCACGUCACCCUCCGGUGACUGGACUGAUUAUGGUGCCAGUAAAGCGGGCACCCGCUUCGCGCCUCACGAACAGAUCAACACCGAAAAUGUGGCCCAGCUGCAACGUGCCUGGACUCAUCGAACAAAAAUACCAGGUACCUUCAAAGGCACUCCAAUACAGGUCGGCAAUGGCCUUUACCUGUGUACCGGGCAGAACAUCAUUAUCUCCCUCGAUCCGGACACGGGUGCCGAACAGUGGCGUUUCGAUCCGCAGAUCAGCACCCCACCAUUUGGAUUCUGGGACACCUGUCGCGGCGUCACCUAUUACAAAGCACCCGCACUUACUACGGGUGACAUCUGCCCCGAGCGCAUCUUCACCGCCACAACGGAUGCCCGUCUGUUAGCCGUAGACAGCCAAACCGGCGAGCGCUGCAGUGAUUUUGGCGACAACGGCGAAAUCAGCCUGCUGCCGGGUAUGGGGGACGUCAAACCAGGUUUCUACUUUGUAACUUCCCCGCCGACAAUUGCAAACAAUACCCUUGUACUGGGUGGCUGGGUCGCCGAUAACCAGGAAGUGGAAGAACCUUCUGGCGUUGUACGGGGUUUUGACCCCUCUACCGGAGCACUCAAAUGGGCCUGGGAUAUGGGUCGGGAAGACCGUUCAGGUUUACCGCCGGCAGGCGAAUCAUAUACCCGCGGUACGCCCAACGUAUGGAGUCUUACCAGUGCUGAUGAAGCGCUCGGCUUAGUCUACGUACCCACCGGAAACGCAACACCCGACUACUAUGGCGGGCACCGCAGCGAAGCCAUGGAGAAGUACGCCAGCUCAGUGGUGGCUCUGGAGGCGGAUACCGGAAGGGUUCGCUGGCACUACCAGACCACCCAUCACGACAUCUGGGACUAUGAUGUACCUUCGCAACCGACCCUGGUCGAUAUUCCCAUGCAGGGCGGGCUGCGCAAAGCGGUUAUUGUACCCACCAAGCGCGCCGAAAUUUUCCUGUUAGAUCGGGAAACAGGCGAGCCACUGACUGAAAUAACAGAAGUGCCGACGCCUCAAACAGACGUGCCCGACGAGUACACAACCCCUACACAACCUUUUUCAACGGGCAUGCCAAGCUUUGCACGCGCGCCCCUCAGCGGUGUGGACAUGUGGGGCAUCACACCCUUCGAUCAACUCGCCUGCCGCAUUACCUUUGCAAAACUCAGAUAUGAAGGUCCGAUGACCCCACCUUCGCUACAGGGUACGUUGUAUUACCCUGGCAUUGCCGGGGGCAUGAACUGGGGCAGCGUUGCAGUGGAUGAGGUCAACCAGUUGAUGGUUGUCAAUGCGCUGCACAUGCCAUUUGUUGUGCGCCUUAUUCCUCGUGAUGAAGUCAGUGAAGACACAACCUACGGCCUGGGCGGCCGCCAGACAGGCACACCUUAUGCAGUUUACUCGAUGCCUUUCCUGUCGCCGUUGUUUGCGCCCUGUUUGCGACCACCUUACGGAGAAAUGGCCGUUGUCGACUUAACCACCCAGCAGACUCUCUGGCGCCGACCGUUGGGUACCGCAGCAGAACAGGGACCAUUAGGCAUCAAAACCGGCCUGCCGCUGCCUAUGGGCAUGUUUUACCAGGCAGGCUCAGCGGUCACCGGCGGCGGCCUGAUAUUCAACGGUGGCGUACUGGAUAGCACCAUGCGCGCCAUUGAUAUUCUCACCGGUGAAGAGCUCUGGACCGAUAAACUACCCGCAUCAGCGCAAGCCACGCCGAUGAGUUACGUCAGUCCGGCGACAGGUCACCAGUAUGUGCUGAUCACCGUUCCUGACGGUAUUGGCGCCCCCCUGGCAAGAGAGAAUGCGGCGCGCAAAGCACUUGAUAAGAACGCGGAAGGGGGUUACGUGAUUGCUUAUCGAAUCGCCGACUGA